UUGAGGCGGCCUCCUAAAAGCUGCUCGGCUCAGUGAAGUCAUUUUCCCCAAGCCACCCUAGGAAUCCGGUGUUCCAAUACUCAGAUAUUGGAGCACGGCUCUUCCUAGUUACAGGAGCCGUAUCCGGCUUCGGACAUAACAGCUCUAUACUAUCCUGAACUUUUUUCCAUUCCUAUAAUCUUUAUGAAGUUCGGGAUUAAACGUUUAUAAAAUGGCAUUUGGAACAGUUCGGUGGUCGAACUGUAUACUCCCAUUAUUGCUAUGGGUGAUAGCAACAACGGCUCAAGAGAAGACAUGCUUGUUCAAAGGAACUAUAAUGCAAGAAGGGGACAUUAUCGACGAUGAAGACCCCUGUACGCAAUGUCAGUGUGAAGAAGGAGAGGUCAGGUGUUUUAAAACGGAUCAAUGCGGCAACGGAGACAGUAACAUACAAGUUGGAGAUUCAGAUACUAAUCAAGCGGCUUCUGGACACGUAGGAAAACCAGGCUACAGAGGAUUUACGGGACCUCAGGGAGCUAGGGGACCACAAGGACAAGCUGGAAACAAUGGCGUACCUGGCCCUCCAGGACCACCAGGUGUUCCCCAGACCCAAGCUGAUGAAGCGUUCAUGCACUGGGCACAGAGCUACCCACAAAAGGCAGGCGGCUUCGCGCAGGGACCGAGAUACCUACAGGCCAAUAUCGGACCAGCUGGACCUCGUGGACCAACAGGCACGCCUGGACAACCGGGACCACAAGGUUUGACAGGUAUCCGAGGAGAACCAGGUGAUGCCGGCCCUCCAGGAUCGCCCGGACCCCGAGGAUCUCCCGGACCCUCUGGACUACCCGGGCCGGAUGGAGAUGGCGGGCGUCCUGGUGAAUCCGGUCCUCGUGGAAAUGCCGGAAGGAAGGGACCAUCUGGACCAGCAGGAACUCCAGGAAUCCCCGGCGGCAAGGGGCAUCGGGGUUUCCAUGGUUUGGCAGGACCUACUGGUGAACAGGGAAUGCCAGGAGACAAGGGAGAAGUCGGUCCCCCAGGACCAGCAGGUGCUCCAGGUGUUCAGGGACCACGCGGUUUAUCCGGGGAUAGAGGAAGGGACGGAAACGAUGGGCAAGCGGGUUUGAGAGGAGUUGAUGGACUUCCCGGAUCUGCUGGUGCACCUGGUCCUGUCGGAAACAGUGGACCACCAGGUUUCCCUGGAACCCCAGGAGAAAAAGGAGGACGUGGUGUUCAAGGUCCCAAGGGAACCAUGGGACUACAGGGAGCACGUGGAAACAGCGGUGACCCAGGACCAUCAGGGGAAUCGGGAGCCACCGGACCAAAUGGCCUUCCAGGAAGUAACGGCGAGAAGGGCGCAUAUGGUGAACCGGGACCUUCCGGUCCUCCAGGAUUCUCCGGACCGCGUGGUUCUCCUGGUUUUGGUGGGAGCCCUGGGCCAAUGGGACCAAAGGGAUCAACGGGUCAACCUGGAGAAAUGGGUAUCAAAGGAGCUUACGGACAGCGAGGUCCGUCAGGAUCUGUUGGAGAGAGGGGUAUCCAGGGUCCUCCUGGCCAUGAGGGCAAGAGGGGACAACGUGGAGUGGUAGGAGAGUUGGGACAAUCUGGACCCCAGGGAGAGCGUGGACCACCAGGACAGCGAGGAAUGCCCGGACAAACUGGAGAGUCCGGAAAUCUUGGAGAAGACGGAUCUCCCGGACCAAGAGGUCGCCGCGGAAACGGUGGUCCGAUGGGAGAGCCCGGACGUCAGGGAGCACCAGGAAUCCGCGGAAGCAGAGGUCCAACAGGUAUGGCAGGAUUAGAUGGAAUUCCAGGGCGACCAGGAAAUCAAGGAGUUCCCGGAAAUGACGGAUCACCUGGAGAAAUGGGACCCCCAGGUAUUCCAGGCCCAGCCGGCGUUCAGGGACCACAGGGAGCGACCGGAGAAAGAGGAACCCCGGGUAAAGACGGAAACCAUGGCAACCAGGGUAGUCGUGGCCCUGCCGGAGAUGCUGGACCCCCUGGAGAAAUGGGACCAUAUGGACCUCCGGGUCCGAUCGGUGAGGCAGGAGAGAGGGGGCCAAUAGGAAAAGGCGGUCCACAGGGAUACCAGGGUGCGCCCGGCUUGCCAGGACCCCCCGGCGAAGGAGGAAAACCUGGAGAACAAGGCGAACCCGGUAACCAAGGCAAAAACGGACGUCCAGGAGCUCCUGGAGAAAGAGGAUUCCCAGGAGAGCAGGGAGUACCAGGAGUUUCUGGAGAACCAGGAAAAGCUGGACCGGAGGGGCCAACCGGAAGAGCAGGAGACCGAGGAUCGCCCGGACCACCAGGAGAGAAAGGAGAGCUUGGACCUUCAGGAGUAUUGGGACCACAAGGCCAGCGAGGAACACGUGGAGCUCCAGGAGUACAGGGAGAGCCUGGUGACCCAGGUCCACCCGGCCCUGACGGUCCUACUGGACGUUCUGGAGAGUCUGGACCACCAGGAAAGCCAGGAGAGGUAGGCCCUCCAGGACCAGCCGCACCGAAGGGAGAGGCUGGAGAUCCAGGAUUCGAUGGAGAAAAAGGUUCCCAAGGAUCCCCCGGAGAUAGAGGUCCGAUGGGCCUCGCAGGUCCUGACGGACUGACAGGAAUGCCAGGAACUCCAGGUCCGACUGGUCCUAAGGGACAACAAGGAUAUCCAGGAGAUAAAGGAGAGCAGGGAGACGCUGGUGACGCCGGAAUUUCCGGACCCCCAGGGCCGAGGGGCCUUAGUGGAUUAGACGGGUCAAAAGGUGUUCGUGGAGAGCAAGGAGCUCCUGGCCUUCCAGGUCCAUCAGGACCAAAUGGCCGUGCAGGACCGAUGGGACCCCAGGGCAAUUUGGGAGAGACUGGGGAUGCUGGACCGGCUGGUGUUGAUGGAGGGAAGGGAGUGCGUGGAGAGAUUGGACGUAUGGGCUAUCCCGGAGAGGCUGGCGCUGCUGGUGCACCUGGAGAGAGUGGACAGAAAGGAGCACGCGGCGAGGACGGAACUCCUGGACCAGGCGGACCAGUUGGGCCACAAGGAUCAGCCGGUGACAGGGGCCAACCCGGUAUCCAGGGAAUUAGAGGAGAGAGAGGCCCGAUGGGACCAAACGGACCACCGGGUAGCCAAGGUUCCCCGGGACGUGAAGGACAGGACGGACUUCCAGGAAAGGCUGGACCAAGGGGUGUGGCUGGACCACCAGGGCCUGUAGGAGAGACCGGAAGUGUGGGUUCCUCCGGUCCAGACGGCACACCUGGACUUCCGGGAAGAGUUGGAGAGCAGGGAUCAGAUGGUGACAUGGGUAUGCCCGGGCCGACUGGCCUCAUGGGAUUCCCCGGUCCCGCUGGACCACCAGGAUCACCAGGACCUGCUGGAGACCGUGGGGUCAGAGGUGAAUCUGGACCAGAUGGAUCCCGGGGCGCUCGAGGACCACGCGGAUUGCCAGGACCAUACGGACCACAGGGAGUAACAGGAGAGAAAGGAGAUGGCGGCAUUCAGGGUGACAAGGGCGACCCUGGUCUGCUUGGCAUGCCUGGACUUCCAGGACCGGAGGGACCACCAGGGGACCAAGGAAAUAAUGGACCUCCAGGACCAAUGGGACAACAGGGUCCUGAUGGACAGCGUGGAGUUCCCGGUAGGUCGGGUAAUAAUGGUGAAAGUGGACCACCAGGGCCAAUGGGACAACGCGGAAAUCAAGGAGAGGAUGGCCGAUCUGGUGUAAUGGGAAAUGCUGGACCACCGGGACCCCCGGGAGAGCCAGGACGGUCCAUUUAUAGCCAGGCAAUCACUGGAUGGUUUAGCCGUUCUGACCUCAAGGGAUUUCAAGGGGACGAACCACUGACAGAGGAGCAAACCAACAUUGUGGCUUAUCUGAACUUCCUUGGAGAUGAGAUGAUGAAAAUUGUCCAUCCACGAGGAGAAGAAGAUUCCCCUUAUGCCAGGAGUUGUAUGGACCUUCGCAUGGAAAACCCAGAUUUUUCAAACGGUCUUUAUUGGAUUGACCCUGACGGUGGCGUACCUACUAACAAGAUCCAGGUGUUUUGCGAUUUCAGGAAGAAGACGUACACAUGCGUGCGACCAUUGAUUGGUUUAUAUGAGAACCAGCCAGUGACAAAGGAUGAAGGAGAGGACUAUGCGUUAUUUGCUCAGAAAACAAUCAGGGGCAAAGAGCUGGAGUACAGUUCUAACCGAGUUCAGCUGAAGGUUCUACAGAAGAUCAGUUCCAAGGCAAUCCAAACCAUUGUAUACAAGUGUAGGAACAAUGUCGCUUAUUUCGACCGUGCAGCGAACGCCUACAACAAGGCUGUUAAACUCGUCACCUUCGACGAUGCAGAUCUAGGUGCCCAGGGCAGGAAGAAGUACAGAUACAAAGUCAUCAGUGAUGGUUGUGACAUGGCUAACGACAAGUGGGGAGAGACUGUCCUCGAGGUUAGCACCAAGAAGACGGAAAGAUUGCCAAUCAUUGACGUUGGCAUCGCGGAUAUUGGAGGACCGGACCAGGAGUUCAAGAUUGAAGUCGGACCUGUGUGUUUCAGUCACGAAAAUUAACGGUUCUUUUUAAAUAUAUAGUUCACGAUUGACAAUUAUUUUUGGACAAUUUAUGUAUGAAGAUGAUUUGUUAAGAAGUCUUCAUUUCUGGCUCAAAAUUAUUUUGCAUAAAAACGAAAAUUUUGUGAAUAUCUUAUAAAAAAUUAAUAUUGAAAUGACGCCGCAUAUAGAAUUAUGUUUUAUGUAUGGAUAUGUUAUCUAUUUGGGAUGGGACUAUAUGUAAUCAUCAUUGGGUGGGUGAAAUAUAAAACAUGUUGGAUGUUUGUGUGUGUGGGACCAUUCCUUCGUUGUUUUCUUUUAUCAGAGAAAGAUAAUAUAUCACGUGACAGGAUGUUUAAUGUAUUCUGUGUAUGAAAGUUGCCAUGGAGGAUGACGAGACGUGACGUCAUCGUUCGGUGAAACACCUGCGGUCUGCCAUGAUACCGCCCCGGAUGACGUCACGUUUCAGACAUUAUAUUUUUAUCUGUGAUAUACAGCUAACACUGCCAUGAUUUCAAGUACUAAAAGCUAUAAAUACUAUCGUUUACAUUUUCAUUUUUCAAGUAGUCUGACGGUACAUCGUACUUUAUCAUGACACUCGCAUGUCUAACCCUUUUCUUAAAUAAAAUGAGAAAAAAAUGAGAAAAAAAUGA